AUGGAAGAGCUGGAGAGACGAAUCGAGGAGUCGGAGCGGAAGACGAGUCCAUUUAAGGAGGACGGGGAGGUUGAUCUGGGCAGGAUUGCGUCGCAUGAUGGUCACAACGGCAGCCUCACAGCGUCACCGGCGGAUGGGAGCUCAGACGGCGCCAGGGCUGGUCCAGACGUGGGAGGCGGCCAUGAUCAAGAACCACUUCUUGGGGGCGCGACUUCGUUCACAGAUGGCUACCGGAGCAAGGACGCGGUUCGCGUGUUUCCGAAGACAGGGUCAGCUCUCAUUUUCCAGCAGAGGAAUCUGUUCCAUGGCGGGGACGACGUGUUCCGCGGCGUGAAGUAUACGGCGCGGACCGACGUGAUGUAUAGGAGGAAGGCCCACGAGUAA